AGUUAAACAGCAUGGAUGGCAACCCUGUACCAUAAUUAUCUAAUUGCGUCAUUGGUCAGCUGCUUAUCUGGACUGGAAUUCAUGGAAAUAAAUAAAUAUAAUGAUGAGAGAACGGUUGGAAGUGACGAAGUGCAGUUAUAAGACAAGUAUAUAAGGGUAUCACUUCCCAGGGAGUUCCCCAGCAGACGGCCGCCAUGUCCCAGGGUGACGUGAACGGGUACGUCCUGAGCGGGGUGGUGAUCCCGGAGGAAGUGCUGGUGCACCUGGUCAGCUUCGCGGACCUGCCCACCCUGCUGGCCUGCCGCCUGGUGUGCCGCGUGUGGCGGGAGCUGGUUGACUCGCAGGCGUUGCGUCGCAAGCUGAAGCGCGAGGGGCACCGGUACCAUAGCAGCCGGGCCGUGGACGUCUCCGCCGACCUGCCCUUGGACCUGUACUGCUCCAUCUUCGACAAGGACCCGUACGGGAGGAACCUGCUGAAGAACCCCUGCGGGGAAGAGGGCCUGAAGCACUGGACCGUGCUGCGGGACGGCGGGGACCGCCUCGUGGUGGAGACUGCCCCGGGGGGCUGCGACCCCGUCCCGGCCGAGGCGGGCGGCUCGUCCUGCUUCGCCACGUCGUACGGGGACUGCAGCAAGGAGCAGUGGGUGGACCUGGUCCGGGCGGGGGUCCCGGCACGCGUACUGGACGGGCUCCGCCCCGCCGUGCACGUCGGCGAGUGGUACGCCAAUAGGUUCGACUGUGGGGCCAUGUACUCGCUGACAGUGUCGCUGUGCGAUGCCGGCAGAGUCGCUCUGGUCCAGCACACGUGCCGGAAGCAGAUGGCCGACGGGGAAAACACGUCGUGGACCAAGAAAAGUCACAUAUUUGAAAACUACCCGGUCGGCGUUCGCUACGUACGCUUCUGCCACAAAGGCGUCGACACAAAGUUUUGGGCCGGCCAUUACGGGGCCAAGAUGACUGGUUCUUUUGUUAUCCUCACCUUCUUGCGAGACAAAAGUGGUUGUGGGUGUGAAGAUUCUGACAACGACGGGCCAACUUCGGGGGAUGAGGUCGUAAGCUUGGAUUCAAGCAGCUGUGAAGAUUUCUUUAGUGACGAGUUCUCCAGCGAAGAAGAUCAUUCAUGAUCUAUUCUGUGUGGGUUGGUCAUUGGUGCAUUGGUUUACUUGUCCUGUGCAUCUUAGACUUUUUUUGUACCUACAGAGCUACUGCAUAAAAAAAAUAUUCGAAGUCAGCUGAAAAGAAAAUUGCAUGUAAUUUUUUUUCAAAUAGGUAAUGAUCAUAAGAUUUCACAUAUUUGAAAUAUAUUAAUAAUAUAUUCUUUUUACUGUGAGCUUAUUGCAUUAUAUCUAGUUGCAUUUGGUUUGUAACGUCUACUUCAUUUGUGUUCUUUACGUCGUUAAUCUCUACCUGCGAUGUUCUGUGUGAUCACAAUAAUGUGAGGUCUGUUAUGUUUGUGAAUGUGUAUGUAUCACUGUAAAUAAUAUACUUGUACAGUUAUGUACAUAAAGAUUUUUCCUGUAAGGAGGCUAGAAGGGUUCUUUCUAAGUGCCUCAAAAGGAACCAGUAAAUUUAUUUUUAGGUACUAACCAACAUAGUAAGUAAAAUAAAAAAAAAUUGUGAAUAGUUUUGUGAUGUAUUUUUGUUAUAUGUAACUUAGUUCUAGUUCUAUGUUUUUUCUAAACUCCUCUUAAGUCUUGUCCUGAAACAAGUACCUUGUGUGUCGUACUGUGGUUGAAGUGUCACAUGUUACUCAUUAGUGGCUUUGAAGCUUGGUGGAUUAACCAGCUAUUGUCCUUCGCUUCUAAACAUUCAGUCUGUCUCCUCCUCUGACUUGCAUUAGAGAUAUUUAUUCUGCUUUGGAAACACUUAUUCAUUAUUAGCGCAAAAAGGUGUAAAACAUCAUGAGAAUAAUUUUGUGUCUCAAAAUUUUGAUGGACGGAAGCAAAAUUGUGUAUUGCUUAUCGUCAACUCAAAUUAAUGUCUGCAAUAUCAGCAGUUAGUUACAAGUUAAAGCAAAAAAUUUGAAGUUUGAGCAAAAUAAAAGUUAGUGCUAAAAAGUGUCAAAAUAUGUUUGGUUUUGUUGUUACCAACUAUCCUAAUAAAUUUUUAUGAAUUUUUUUCUGACUUUGCUUUUGGUUAGUGUUAGUGCCAUUCAGUUGAAACUGUGAAGAUGUAGAAACAAACAUAGAGUAGCACUCUUUAAUCUGGUUUUUAUAAUAAAGUAAUUAAAUACCUAUACACAAUUUUACAAAUGAAGUACGUCAGAAAAUGUGGAACUAAAUGUAUUAAGUGCAAGAAUGAUUAGGUUAUUAUUCAUUAUAAUUUUGAAAUGUUUAACAGUGAUGCUGCCCUACUACCAAGAAACUUUUCAGUUUAAGUUUGCACGUAGUUUUAUUUAAUAUUUUCUAUUAUUUUUAGUUUUGAUGCUCUUGUAACUCCAAAAAACACUGUUGUACUUAUUAAGCAUUUUUUUAGAAAACAAAUCAUUCUAAAACAAGAGGAUGUUACCGUUUUAUUUUACGCCAGUUGAGAUCUGCUCCAUCAGCUUCCAUCACGUAGAUUUGCAAUUGUAGACACUGAGGAAUCAAGAUGACUGAUUUGUCUGUCAUGCUUUCCUUUUUGCAAGCUAAACUAUACUCUGGGAAUAAGAGAACUAAUGUUGACUGUGAAGACUACUACUCAUUGUGUGAGGAAUACAGGCCACAACUGGCCUGGAACUAUGUACAGUAAUGUGAUAGCUGAUGCUCACGAAGCUGUAGCCGGUAUAUUCCACCAUCAGGCUGGACUUCAUAGGGAUGGUAAACUGUUUAUUGGCUGUCGUUUCUGUUAGGCGCCACCUCCACAUUUCAUCGAUCCACGUGAGAUUCGCACGACCAAUGGCAGAGUGAUUAUUUUUGGAGACAUUCUUUUGUCUCUAUGUUGUAUACCAAGAUGUUUCCGGGAAUACUGCAGCCUGUUUUUACUAACUCGUAUAAGUAUAAU